AAUGCGUGUACGAAUGAAUUCACUCUGUCUGUAACUAAUUAAAUAAAGGUUUAUUCAUCAAAUUCGCAACAAUGCAACUGUAAUGUAAAUGAACUCGCAUGAUAAAAAUAACAAAAUGACGAGUUGUAAAGUCAAAUAAAGUUGAAGGAUAAAAUAGAGUUAGCGUAUUUAACAUGCACGACCGUAAAUAAAAAGCAAGUUUCUCAUUAUUGCUGUUAAAUCGGAACAUGCAUGAAGAAGCUGCAUGUGUCUGCUGAACCACGUGAGAAUGAGGAACUGUUACAAAAGGACUCGCUAGACUGCAGAUCUGCGACCUCUACGCGAUCAUGUCAGCGCAUUACACAAGUGUCCAUCAGGACAGAAGCAGCAAUAAUGUCAUAGGCUGCAGGUACAGCAGUUUCAACGAUGCAUUUCGCCGACUUCCUCGCAGGAUCAGUGGGAGGAGCGUGUGGCGUUGCGGUCGGAUAUCCACUGGACACGGUCAAAGUCCGGAUCCAGACUCAGAAACAGUUCACGGGAAUCUGGCAGUGCAUCGUAAUGACCCUCAAGAAAGAAGGGGUCCAGGGCUUCUUUAAGGGAAUGGCUUUGCCCGUCACCACUAUAUCCAUGACCUCGUCCGUGGUGUUCGGCACGUACCGGAACUGUCUCCAGUGUCUCGCUCGGCUCCGCGGGACCGGCGCGCACAACUCCAAAUUGGACAUCUUCCUGUCCGGCAUGGCGGGCGGUGUGGCUCAGAUCUCUGUGAUGUCACCGGGCGACCUGGUGAAAGUGCGUCUGCAGUGUCAGACCGAGAGCCGGCGCGGUGGAUUGAGUCACGGUAAGCCCCGAUACAGCGGGCCGGUCCACUGUUUGCUGAGCAUCGCUAAACACGAGGGCGUUUCGGGGCUUUACAGAGGAGCGCUUCCUCUGGCCUUCAGAGACGGGCCUUCGUUCGCCACGUACUUCCUGACCUACAACACACUGUGUUCCCGACUCACACCAGCGGGACAGACAGAGCCGGACUGGACUGUGGUGCUGCUGUCCGGUGGAGUCGCAGGAAUGGCCGGCUGGUCUGUCGGGACGCCGAUGGACGUGAUUAAAGCUCGUCUUCAGAUGGACAGGAGAUAUCGAGGACUCGUCCACUGCAUCACAGAGACCCUGAGGAACGAGGGCCCCGGGGUUUUCUUCAGGAGUCUGGGAAUAAACUGUUUGCGAGCGUUUCCCGUGAACAUGGUGGUCUUCGCCGUGUACGAGGUCAGUGUCCGUGUGCUCCGGACCCCGUCUCUGGAUCGGCUCUCAUGAUCACAUUAUUUUCUUACUGUAUUUAAUGUGCAGUAACAUCAUGCAGAGGACUGAAUCUCACGAAGAUGAGAUAUUAUUUGCUUGAAAUUUGAUUUUUUAUGGGUAACACUUUAUUUUACAGUGUCCUUGUUACAUAUGGUACAUGCUCUUAUCAUAGUAAUAACAGUAAGUUAUGCAUAAUUACAUGCCACUAAUCAUACUCUAACCCUAUAGUACACAUGUAGUUGCUUAAUAUCACUCAGUACUAAAUAUAUAAUUACAUUGUAACAAUGAGGUUACACUUCAUUUUAAGGUGUCAUUGUUACAGUGUAAUUAUAUAUGUCGUAGUUACAUUGCACUUAUUCAAAUAAGUACUGAGUAAUAUUAAUUAAGCAUGAACUUACUAUAGUUACGGUUAGGGUUUGGUUUAGGGUAAAUUACUUCAAAUUAUGCACUAAUUAUUACUAUAUAUGCAUGUAUUAACUACGCCAACUUAAAAUAAAGUGUUACCAAUUGUUUUGUUCAAUAUUUUGCACAAUGUAUUUUAAAAAAAAAACAAAGCUAGAAUUAGUUAUAUUUUACCUCAAAUCAAAAGGAAAAAUAUUUUUUUAUUAAGAUAUUUUGCAUGAUAUAGUAUUAUGUCGUCGUGACGAAUAAGAAUAACUGUAUUCCCAUUAAUGGAGAGUAUUUAAAAUGUCUCUAAAACUCAUAAAGCAAUAAUAAUGAGAAAUUGAGAUACAAUUGUCACCAAUAUAAUCUCUCAAUGCACCCCGAAAUUGUAUCUUUAAAUAAGAUGCAUGACGCAUUAUUAUGUGCUGACUUUACAAUCCAAAAAGUAUUAAUAUUUAAUCAUUAAAAAGAUACGAGCAAGAGUGUAAAUCUGAUAUCGAUUUUAUACAAAAAUUACAAUAAACGCUUUAGACUCAGAAUAUUGUGUUUUUGCUGUAUUUCCCCAAUGAGAAUAAAUCUAACGGCACAUUUAUGAAUGAACAUAUCAAGCGUACUCAUUGUUUACUUGUUUUGUGGUUUAUUGUAAAUGGUUUGUGUUAUAUGUUGCUGGGAUCUGUAUAUUGUGGAUAAUUGUAUAUCUUUGGUUUAUUUUGUUUUUGUGUGUUUAUACUGUUUCUGGGACGCUUUACUUGUAUAUAUUUCUUCACUACUGGAUUGUUGGAUUUUCGGUGCACUUGUGUGUAAAUAAACACCAUCAUUCUCUGA